AUGACGAAGACCAUAACCCUCGAGGGCCUUGCAGACCAAGUCCAGGCGCAGGCAUCUACCUUGAGCACACUCUUGGCCGAGGCAAACCUACCAUCUCCUUCGUUUGGCCCCGAUGCACCCCCAGCGCCCCCACAUGGGAAAGAAUUCGAGAAGAUCCAAGCGGCUCGCAUGGCUCUGAUCGAAUCCGCAAACGCAAUCCGAGAUCUGGCGCUUGGACCCGAAGAUUGCAUUACCGCAUUCUCAGAUGGAAUCAAGCACGACCUCGCGGCGCUGCACGUCAUUGUGGAUUUCAACAUCCCCGAGCUUGUCCCGCUGCAUGGCGAGGUGUCCUACGCCGAAAUUGCCCAGAAGGUCGGGUUCCCCGAGUACCGCGUGCAUCGCAUUCUCCGACAUGCCAUGACCUCUCGCAUCUUCCGCGAGCCGCGUCCCGGCUAUGUAGCGCACACCGGGCCCUCGGCUGCCUUCCUGCGCAACCCGGUCCUCCGUGACUGGGUCUCCUUCAACCUGGAUGAGGUCUGGAAAGCCGAUACGAAGCUGGUGGAGACCCUGCGAACCUGCGGGGACAGCGAAGAGCCCGCCGACUCGGCCAUUGGGCGUGCCUUUGGAUUCGCCCCUGGCAAGACCUACUGGGAUUUUAUUGCCAACGACGGCGAGGGCGAGAACAAGGGCUGGCGGCAGAGACGGUUUGCCCAGGGCAUGAAGUGCCGCGCGGCCGGGAACCCGCAGACACACCACCACCUGCACUCGGCGUUUGACUGGGCAGGGCUGGGGAAAGCUACGGUCAUUGACGUGGGUGGCUCCGCGGGCCAUGUAUCGAUCGAGCUGGCCAAGGCGUUCCCGGACCUGGAAUUCGUUGUCCAAGACUUCGAGGGCCUCAAGUCUUUCCACGACGGCGUUCCGGAUGAGCUCAAGUCGCGGAUUAGCUUCGAAGCGCAGGAUAUCCUGCAGCCGAAUGCGCACCCCAACGCCGACGUCUACCUUCUGCGCUCGAUUCUGCACGACUGGUCAGACAAAUACGCCGUCCUCAUUCUGAAGAACCUCGUGCCAGCUCUCAAAGACGGCGCGCGGGUACUGAUUGCCGAUUUUAUCGGGCCCGAGAAUACUCAAUCUGGGCCCAUGUGGCUGGAGCGUCUAUCAACCAUCCGCUCAAUGCAGAUGAUGACGAUGGUGAAUGCGCCCGAGCGAUCUGAGAAGGAUUGGAUCAACGUGGUCAAGCGGGCGGAUUCGCGCUAUUCGGUCAAGGCGGUGGUUACUCCUGCGGGGACUGCUAUGUCUGUUAUCGAGAUUGUAUUUAACGCCAGUGCGUAG